AUGGUGCUGGUCAUGGUGCUGGUCAUGAUGCUGGUCAUGGUACUGGUCAUUGUGCUGGUCAUUGUGCUGGUCAUGGUGCUGGUCAUGGUGCUGGUCAUGAUGCUGGUCAUGGUACUGGUCAUUGUGCUGGUCAUGAUGCUGGUCAUGGUGCUGGUCAUGCCAGCCAACCAGCCCCUUGCGAGGGGACACCACAGCCAUUCUCCUGCGCGGGGACACCACAGCCAGCCCCCUGUGAGGGGACACCACAGCCAGCCCCCUGUGAGGGGACACCACAGCCAGCCCCCUGCGAGGAGACACCACAGCCAGCCCGCCCCCUGCGAGGGGACACCACAGCCAGCCCCCUACACCACAGCCAGCCCCCUGCGAGGGGACACCACAGCCAGCCCCCUGAGAGGAGACACCACAGCCACCCCGCCCCCUGCGAGGAGACACCACAACCAUUCUCCUGCGCGGGGACAUCACAGCCAGCCCCCUGUGAGGGGACACCACAGCCAGACCCCUGUGAGGGGACAACACAGCCAGCCCCCUGCGAGGAGACACCACAGCCAGCCAGCCCCCUGUGAGGGGACACCACAGCCAGACCCCUGUGAGGGGACAACACAGCCAGCCCCCUGCGAGGAGACACCACAGCCAGCCCCCUGCGAGGAGACACCACAGCCAGCCAGCCCCCUGCGAGGGGACACCACAGCCAGCCCCCUGCGAGGAGACACCACAGCCAGCCCCCUGCGAGGAUACACCACAGCCAGCCCGCCCCCUGCGAGGGGACACCACAGCCAGUCCCCUGUGAGGGGACACCACAGCCAGCCCCCUGUGAGGGGACACCACAGCCAGCCCCCUGCGAGGAGACACCACAGCCAGCCCGCACCCUGCGAGGGGACACCACAGCCAGCCCCCUGUGAGGGGACACCACAGCCAGCCCCCUGUGAGGGGACACCACAGCCAGCCCCCUGCGAGGAGACACCACAGCCAGCCCGCACCCUGCGAGGGGACACCACAGCCAGCCCCCUGCGAGGAGACACCAUAGCCAGCCCGCCCCCUGCGAGGGGACACCACAGCCAGCCCCCUGCGAGGAGACACCACAGCCAGCCCGCCCCCUGCGAGGGGACACCACAGCCAGCCCCCUGCGAGGGGACACCACAGCCAGCCAGCCCCCUGCGAGGGGACACCACAGCCAGCCAGCCCCCUGCGAGGAGACACCACAGCCAGCCCCCUGCGAGGAGACACCACAGCCAGCCCCCUGCGAGGAGACACCACAGCCAGCCCCCUGCGAGGAGACACCCCAGCCAGCCCCCUGCGAGGAGACACCACAGCCAGCCAGCCAGCCCGCCCCCUGCGAGGAGACACCACAGCCAGCCCGCCCCCUGCGAGGAGACACCAUAG